CCCCCCCCCUCGAUGACUCGGCGCUCGGUGGCCCGCCUGGAUCACAAUGAAUGGCUGCCUGUGGCUGUAGCGAGAGACUGAGAAGAGGGAGAGAGAGAGAGAAGCGCGACUCCUCCAUUGAAACACUUUCUCAUCGCUUACGGCAAAGGGGACAGCGUGGUGCCAGUGGAAGCACCAUGUCUCAGACGCUGCAGAUGGAGAUUCCUAACUUCGGCAACAACAUCCUGGAGUGCCUGAACGAGCAGCGGCUGCAGGGGCUGUACUGCGACGUGUCCGUGGUGGUCAAGGGCCACGCCUUCAAGGCCCACCGCGCCGUGCUGGCGGCCAGCAGCUCCUACUUCAGAGACCUCUUCAACAGCGGCAGCAAGAGCAGCGUGGUGGAGCUGCCGUCGGCCGUGCAGCCCCAGAGCUUCCAGCAGAUCCUGUCCUUCUGCUACACGGGGCGGCUCAGCAUGAACGUGGGGGAGCAGUUCCUGCUCAUGUACACCGCGGGCUUCCUGCAGAUCCAGCAGAUCAUGGAGAAGGGCACCGAGUUCUUCCUCAAGGUCAGCUCUCCCAGCUGCGACUCCCAGGGGCUCCACGCCGAGGAGACCGGCCCUUCCUCGGAGCCCCAGAGCCCCGUCGCCCAGACCGGCCGCCCCCCGUCCUGCCACACCCCGCUCGCCCUGGCCUCCCGCGUCAAGACGGAGCAGCAGGACGGCUCCUCCGACUCAGUGGUGUGCGCCCCCGUCGCCAAGCGCCUCUGGGAGGGGGGCAGCCGGGACUCGGGGGCUUCCGGGGGGGGCACGAGGAAGGCGGCUCGCUUCUCUCAGGAAGCCGGCCGGGCGGGAGUCGGAUCGGGAGGGGGGCAGAACAACAGCAACAACGGCGGCAACAGCCAUGGCAGCGCGUCCGAGAGGACCAGCCCCGGCACAUCCAGUGCCUACACCAGCGACUCGCCAAACUCCUACCAUGACGAGGACGAGGAGGAGGAGCCUGGAGAGGAGAGCACCGAGGAGCAGUACAGGCAGAUCUGCAACAUGUACACCAUGUACAGCAUGCUGAAUGUGGGGCCCGCAGCGGGCGAGCGGGUGGACGCCCUGCCUGAUCACAUGACCUCGGACACUCGGAGCAGGAUGCGGGUUCGACAGGACCUGGCCUCGCUGCCCGCCGAGCUCAUCACGCAGAUCGGGAACCGCUGUCACCCCAAACUGUACGAGGAGGGGGACCCCGCGGAGAAGCUGGAGCUCGUCACCGGUACCAGCGUGUUCAUCACCCGCGCUCAGCUGAUGAACUGCCACGUGAGUGCAGGGACACGACACAAAGUGCUGCUGAGGAGACUGCUGGCCUCCUUCUUCGACAGGAACACUCUGGCAAACAGCUGUGGCACAGGAAUCCGCUCCUCCACCAACGACCCGAGCAGGAAGCCGCUGGACAGCCGCGUGCUGCACGCCGUCAAGUUUUACUGUCAGAACUUCGCUCCGAGCUUCAAGGAGAGCGAGAUGAACGCGAUCGCGGCCGACAUGUGCACCAACGCGCGGCGCGUCGUCCGCAAGAGCUGGAUCCCCAAACUCAAGCUGCUGAUGGCCGAGGGGGAGCAGUACCCCACCUUCCUGCCCGACACCGCCAAGAUGGAGGCCGAGGUGCUGGCGCAGGCUGAGCACGGGUUCGAAAGCAGCAGCAGCCACGACGCGGACGCAGCCUCGGCUGGGGAGGGGCUCCAGUGAGAGGGGGGAGGGAGGGAGGGAGCAGCGCUUACUUUAUUAAGUGAUGAUGAUAACACCCUGCCCCCCCCGCCCCCCAGCACACACACACACACACGUGCGUGCGGGCGUGAGUCACCUUCAUUUCAGCUUCCUCCUCAAACCAACAGUCUGGACCCCCCAGCACACACACACACUGCCCCCUAGUGCACUGGAGGCUCAGCUGAGCCCAGCAGCAGGUGUGUGUGUGUGUGUGUGUGAGGGGUUGGUUAUAGAGAUGAAUCUGCCCUUUUCAAUGCAGCCCCCUCCCCCCCUUCAGUGUUCUUCCUGAACCGAAGGGGACCCCAGCCUGACCCCCACGCGCCCGGGGGACGCUGCACCGCGCUGUGAGAAACACUUUUUUGAUUUUUGAAUGUAGUGGUUGUUAGGACUGGGUUAUAGACCCAGCCUGAUAGUCGUGUUGAAAGGCCAACACUAUUUUAAUAGCAGAGCUGCCUGGCUCAACCCAUUCCUCUCCCUGUGGUCCUGGAAGCACACCUGGGGCAGUUACAGUAAGGCUUCAAUUACAGUAAGGCUUCAAUUACAAUUACGCUAUAGUAAUUCCAAUUGCACUAAAACGUCACAAGCAGCUGCCCACUGUGUGUGUUCUGUACAAGAUUAUCGAUGGAGCGACAGGUCAAUGCAGAACUGAACUGCGCUCGAUCAGUGACCUGGUGCAAUUAGAAUCUCGCAGGUGUGCCGAGCUCGACUGCAGUGAAUUCUGAAUUGCACCCAGGUGUGCUGUCCGUCUGUCUGUGUGUCUGUGUGUCCCGCUGUCUGCCUGUCUGUCUGUCUGUCUGCAUUGGCAGGGCUGGAUUGAUCUCUGUGUUGAGGAGUUGGUUCCUCAGACUGAACUCAAGCUGACACAGUUUUUAGUAUUUUAGAUUUUGUUGUUGGUUUUUUUUUUUUUGGUUUUUAUGUUCGAUUUUUCUUUUAAACUGUCUGUGUGAAGAAAGGUGCGGAAGAAGAUUGAAAAACUAACAUUUUUUUAAAUACUAUUAUAGAGAGAUUGUUUUAAAAAAAAAAAAAAAUAAUAAUUUCAAGGUGGAGUUUGAUGUGAAGGCGAAUUCCCAUUAUAGUUCCCCCUCCCACGCACACACAGAGAGAUUUGGAAAGUCUUUUAAGAGUUUUAACAGGCAGGUCCCUCCCCUCUGGGAUGGGAAUGAGACUCCCGCUGCACAGCAGUGUGAUCCGUUCCUGGUUUCACUGCGAGCCCAGUCAGACACACCUGAGCUCGUUACCUGUACACGCUGUGGCGGAUCAAGCUGGCAGUAAAUCCAGGACUGGGGUGACGCUGCUGUGCAAUAGGAGUCUUAUUCCCGUCCCUGACGCGGGUCAAACAGCUUCUCUUCCAAUCCGACCCCAAAGAAACUCAAAUCCAAACCCCGGACCGCGCAGCCGGGCUCAGCAGAUAAAGAGGAGUCUCUCCGCAGCGAUGAGAUCACUGUGCUCAAAGUGCUGAGGCUGGGGGUGACUGGCGGGUUUAAGAAGCCAGCGAGCCGGCCAGCGCCUGAUUGAAAUGGGGUUCCAUUUCCAGGAGGGGAGACGGCCUGUCUCUGGAUUGUCCGGGGGUCGUGCGUUCGAGGGGCGUCUUCAGAGCGCUUUUUAAAUUCCGGGCUUUCCAUGGGGAGUGUGUGUUUUUAUUCGCAUUCGUUUUAGAAUCCUGUAUUUUUUUUUUUUAGAGAAAGGGAACAUGCUUGCUGUUUGCUUGAGAAUACUGAGGCGCUUGUCCUUCGGGACGCUCCAUAUAAUGAACGGGCUGUAGUGAAUCCCCCACGUCGAAUCUCGCACCCCCCUCGAGGAGGGACGCGCUGCUCUCAAAGUCUUUCUGCGCGCUUUGCUGCUCUGUCGCAUUCGUUUAUUUGAUUAGGUUUAGGUUUCCUGAGUAGAGUUUUGAUUCGGGGUUCCCUAUGUGCGCUCCCCUCUCCCCUUUGUAUCUGUCUGGAGACGGGGCUCCCUGUGCGUGACGGGACAGGGGGGGCUCCCUGUGUGUGACGGGAUGAGGGGGCUCCCCUCUCCCCUGUGUGUGACGGGACGGGGGGGCUCCCUGUGCGUGACGGGACGGGGGGGCUCCCCUCUCCCCUGUGUGUGACGGGACGGGGGGGCUCCCUGUGUGUGACGGGACAGGGAGGCUCCCUGUGUGUGACGGGACGGGGCGGGACGGGCUGCCUGUGUUCUGUCUGGCAGAGAUUAGCUAGCAUAGCUAAGCUGUGUCCUUGACUUAAUAAAUGUAGCGGUUUCUUUAAUACUGAGAGGCCUGCGUUUAGUAAUAUAGGUAAAAAUGCAAUUUCUGUGACUGGCGAUCCCUCCCACACGUAACGCUUCAGAAUGAGGGGGGGCGGUCGCGAUGGCUGUGCCAGAACUCCCUACUGGAACUCGGAGUCGCUUUUAACAAGGAUUUCAAUCGGCAGCCUUUCAAUAAAUCCAUUCGCUACCACGCCAGCCUCAAAACAAGCAGCGUGUCCUUCCCUCACCUUUACGAUUUGGGUGUGUGUUUAUUUUUUUUAAGAACGGCAGUAAGAAUGUCGCCGCCCUGGAGGAGAGGAAGAUUUUCUCCCAAUCGGCUUUUAAAACCCUCAAGUUAAUCGCAAAUUGAUUUAUUGAAUACCUGCAUUUUUUUUUUUUUUUUUUCUAAAUACUUCUUCAAGGCAAUCCCUCCAGUCCCUGUCCGAGACGGCGUGGUGAUUGUUGGUAUGUUGAGCACCUUUUCUGAAUGGCUUUCCUGUUCAGGCUCUGCGCUUCAGGAGUUGGAUUCAGUUGCAGUGGAAGCAGAGCUGUUUUUGUAGGAGGCGUUCCUGAUGUAAAUAGUGGCCAGACUGUUUCACAGAUCUCCGUGUUGGGAAGAUACCUGUGGUUUGGUUGUAGGAGUUUUUCUUUGUUUGUUUGGUUUUUUCAACAUGUAAAUAUUUAAGUCGCUCUGAAAGUGAGACCCCACAAACACGAGGGGUUCAGAGACACUGCGUACCCCAGAGAAAGAGAAAGAGAAAGUGCUGGAGCGAGAGGCAGGCUGUGUGUGUCUCAGGGGGCUCCUCUGAAAGUGCUGGAGCGAGAGGCAGGCUGUGUGUGUCUCAGGGGGCUCCUCUGAAAGUGCUAGAGCGAGAGGCAGGCUGUGUGUGUCUCGGGGGCUCCUCUGAAAGUGCUGGAGUGAGAGGCAGGCUGUGUGUGUCUCGGGGGCUCCUCUGAAAGUGCUGGAGCGAGAGGCAGGCUGUGUGUGUCUCGGGGGCUCCUCUGAAAGUGCUGGAGCGAGAGGCAGGCUGUGUGUGUCUCGAGGGCUCCUCUGAAAGUGCUAGAGCGAGAGGCAGGCUGUGUCUCAGGGGGCUCCUCUGAAAGUGCUGGAUUAAGAGGCAGGCUGUGUGUGUCUCGGGGGCUCCUCUGAAAGUGCUGGAGCGAGAGGCAGGCUGUGUGUGUCUCGGGGGCUCCUCUGAAAGUGCUGGAGCGAGAGGCAGGCUGUGUGUGUCUCAGGGGGGCUCCUCUGAAAGUGCUGGAUUGAGAGGCAGGCUGUGUGUGUCUCGGGGGCUCCUCUGAAAGUGCUGGAUUGAGAGGCAGGCUGUGUGUUUAGUUGCCUUACUUGUAAAUCAAUGUCCACUAGACGUGUGACUCCUUUGUAUCUGCGCUCUCUCUCUCUCUCUCUUUCUCUCUCUCUCUCUCUCUCUCUCUCUCUCUCUCUCUCUCUCUCUCUCUCUCUCUCAUAUAUAUAUACAUACUCUAUAUACUCUCUAUAUUAGUCUGUAAACGCUGUGAUCCUCAGAACACACAGACCGUGAUGUUGCCUCCAGUCUGCUCCAGUGGUGCUUGUGAGCGAUCGCUGUGAUUCACACACAGGGGGCGCUCUGAGCGCAUGUAGUUAAUGUGACUGUUUUUUGUACAGAAGUUCUGUAGCGUUAGGAGUUUACAAUACCGUUACUACUACUACUAACAAUACCUAGAAUACAAGAGAGUAGGUCAGUACUUCCCAAGUCUUUGUAAAUUGAAUUGUUAGAUAAUAGAUGGAAAAGAAGAGUUCUGAUAUUUUUGCAUCGGUGUGUUUUUUUGGAUGUUUAACUGCUGUUGGUGGCCUUUGGGAUGGAGGGA